AUGACUGUGCAGUUCGACCCAAACGUGCUUCUGAAGUCGUGGGGCGCUUUGGCCAGGCUUCGCAAGCCAGGGUUCUCGUUCGAUGGAGCAUCUUAUGCUGCGCUAGGUCGGUCUUUGAAUCCCGCGCCAGAAUCACUUGCGAAGCACGCUCGACCUUUGUCUGUUUUGAUUGACGUGGCUCCCACGGGCUUCCCUUCACACCCAUGCUUGGCAACUACGUUCUCGCUGCUGCACUACAAGCACCAGAUUUUCGGUCCCGACUUGUCCCCGAGCGCCUUGGCGAGCACGUGCGCGGGUGCUGCAGACUCUUGGAGGAUAAUGUGUAAGCACCUUUAUACCAUGAAGAAGGGCGGAUUCUCGGCGGACGUGCCUGCUGAUGUGCAGGCGCUCUUGGACAAUAUCGAGCUGCCCAAGCAAGAGCUCGGCGUGCCUGCGGAUGACGGGGACGCAGCUGGAGGGCCCCCGAUCCAGGCGUCGGACGCCGCAGGCCUCUUCCCCGGCGUGCCCGAAGAGACAGAGGUGAAGGCUCCGCCGAACGACGUGGCACAUGGAGUCGGCACUCUUGGAACCGCGGAGGUGGACGACGACUACGGGUCCGACGACUGCGUAACCAUCGUUGGCGAGGUGCGCAAUUGUCCUGAAUGCACGCGGGCGGCCAAAUCCACGGCGUCAGGCUCUACCGAGGUUCAGGUCGAGAUCCCGUCGGCGAAGCGCGGCGGCCAGAGGCUCGAGACAGUGCCCCACGAGGAGGUUGGAGCGAAGGGCACGUUCGCCAAGCGGCGCGUCAGCGUCAAGCGCCCAGUCCCCGAGUUCGACGCGAUCGAGCCGCCCGAACAGCCAGAUGCCAAGAAGCUGCGCGCCAAGGAUUCGAAGGCCCCCACCGAUAAGGUCAAGGAUGUGAUCAAGCCGCCUACGCGCACUGCCGAGGCCUACUUGAUGCAGUCAGGCACGAAAGGCUACGUCGUGGGCCUCUCUGAGAAGGUGGCGGGUUACGAGCAGAGGAUCUCAGAGUUAAAGGACGAGAUCAACAACGGCCGCAUCGCCACCUUCGCCGGGGCGAAUGCGCACGUGGGCAGGAAGUGA